GCUAAAAACCAAGAGGUUGGACCUCUUAGAACCUUUUCUUCAACCUAAAGAAACCUUCACCCAAAUAUGUAAACAUAUUUAUCCAAGAAGUGGGGAUUACAAACAUUAAACAUUUCAAGUAAUGAACUGUUAUUCCAAUCCAGCUCUUGUUUCCUUCCAAUUAUUCUCCUUUUCAUGCCAAACAAUUCAAGCAAAGAACCACUCAUAAUAAUGCACCUAUAUAUCUCCCUUAAACUUGGCUUGUAAUUGUCCAGAAAAGAAUAAAAGAGAUCACUCUUCUUCCCUUCCAAUUUCUAGAUCAUUAGGAUUAAUUAAUUACUAAUGGCUUCAGAAGGCCCGCGAUCAGCAGCUUUACUGCUCUUGGUUAUCAAUCUAGUACUCUAUUUCAUUAUUAUGCUGAUUUCUGCUUGGGCUGUUAAUCAUGCUAUUGAAAAAACCCACGAGUCAGCUUCUGUACUACAAACUCCUGCAAGAAUCUUCCCAAUCUACUUUCCUAUGGGGAACAUGGCUACCGGAUUCUUCAUCAUUUUCUCUCUUCUUAUCGGUGUUAUUGGCAUCACAACUUCAGUUCUCGGAAUGCUCAAUGUAAUGCAAUGGACUGUUGCUAGUUUGUAUGCUGCUGCUACCUCUUCUCUAGGGACAUUUGCACUCACUAUUCUUGCCAUGGGAUUGGCCUGCAAGGAAAUUGAUAUUGGAUAUACUGGUGCUAACUUGAGGACUUUGGAGGUAAUCAUGAUUAUUGUGAGUGGAACACAAUUGCUAUGUACUGGUGCAAUCAAUGUUGCAGCUGAGUCUACUGCUGCGGCUACAAGAAGGAUGCUUGGGGGAAGAGUAUAAGUCGUUACAAGUUUGAUCAAGUGUGCUAAUUUUUUUUUUAAAAAUAUUUUCCUUCCAUGUAAGAGUGAAUUAAUUCGAAGAUGGACAUUGUUUAUUUGUAUCUGAUAAAGUGUGAUCAACAUCGCGUUUGAUUGUUCUUGUGUUUAUUCUCAAUUGAUAAAUUUGUUCCUCUCAAGUUUUUAUGUAUUUUAUGUUUCGAUUAUACGCGUGUAAAUAAACAUGUGUAACAAAAUUCUUCUUGAGAUCAAUUGUGACUUGUGAGUGUUGCCAAGGUUAA